ACACCAGCUGAAAGGGAAAACAUGGACUUUCCUAAACUGGUCAUAGAUGACAAGAUUCUCAUGGACAUUCUUGUUCUUGCCCUCAUGCUCAUAGCCAUUGGGAUUGCUUUCCUCAUUUAUCAUCGCAAAGAAAACAUAGAGCCGUCCAAACUGCUGCUAGCUGAGAUCAUUCUCCUGAUCAUUGCUGUAAUUUCCCUCUUCGGUCUCAACAUCAUCGGAACGAUCUUCCUCACUUACCGUUGCUCAGAUUCAUCACAAACUUCUCUGGGACACCUGGACAUGCCCAAACUGGUCCUACUCUUCAGCAUUCUCCUUGCCAUAGCAACUAUUUCCCUCUUCAUCCUCAUCCCAUUCCUCAUUUAUACUCGUUGCUGCUUAGAAAAAAGAAAAAGGAAUGCUGCAGGAGGGAGAUGCGACAAUGGAGAGGAAGAAAGUCUUGAGAAGAGCACCGAAAAAAUGGUUGAAUUAGCCCUAGAAACCAAGAUUCUCAUUGGCACGGUUGUUGUCCUCAUUAUCAUCAUUAUCGUCUUAAGUUAUUAUUGUUCAAGAAAAAGAAGGCGAGAUCCUGAAGAAGGAAACAGAAGGAGAGAUCCUGAAGAAGGGCCACUCAUCAGUGCAGAAGAAGAAAGACUCCAGAAAGAAAAAGAUGAACUCCAAGCAGAACUAAGAAGAAUCCAGACAGAAAAAGAUGAACUCCAAAGAGAAGUGGAUUGGAGAAAGGCUCUCACCUAUGCAGAUGACAUCACUCUUAAUCCAGACACAGCUCACCCCAACCUCUCCAUUUCUGAGGAUAAGAAAUUUACUCAUGAACCCCAACCACAAAAAGUUCCACCAAUUCCAGAGAGGUUCGAUUCGACUGUCUGUGUGUUGGGCGCUAAAGGAUUCUCCUCUGAAAAGCACUACUGGGAGGUCGAUGUCAUGAGCAGUGCUGACUGGGACCUGGGAUUGGCCAUAAAAUCCAUACAGAGAAAAGGAAAACUUUCUCUGUCCCCUAAAGAGGGAUUCUGGGCUCUGGGUCUGAGUGGGAGAGAUUAUUGGGCAAAAACAGAUCCAUGGACCCGGAUCAUGGUGAAGAAAAAGCCCAAGAAAAUUGGAGUUUACCUUAGUUACCAAGAGGGGCAGGUGACUUUUUUCAAUGUAACUGACAUGUCUGUGUUGUUCACAUUUAAUGAUUGUUCAUUCUCAGGAGAGGUUUAUCCAUUCUUUAAAAAUUCCCACAAAGGAACAUCAAUGAGAAUUUGUUCUAUAAGAGAAGAUGAAUGA